AUGAUGCUGAAAAUUAGUCGCAACCUCGUUUCGGCCUCAUACUCGCCCUUCCUCCCCUCCGCACACAAGAAGUCCAAGAGAAAGAUGUUCGGCCAGAUCGUCAAGCAGACCGCCAACAAGAUGAGCGUGGCCGGCCGCCGCGGCAUCUCGGCCUCGGCCAAGCGCAUGUCCGCCGAGGGCGAGCACCACCAGCACCUGGUGUUCGAAGGCGACUUCCCCAAGGGCGUCGUGCUGGGCCUGACCCUCUUCGUGACCGCUGGCGGCAUUGGUGUCCCCGUGAUCCUGUACCGCUACCAGAACUGGAAGCACGGAUUCCCGCAGCAGUAA